AUGUCCGUACCCGAGAAGAUCACUGAGCUCAAGCAGAUCAUCCAUGAGCAGCUUCACAGGAUGGAUGUUCAUGGUAAAAUCAGGGAGGUUCUGGCUGAGACAAUAGGAGAUGAAUUUGGCCACGAAAGCCAUUAUUUAUCAGAAGAAGAUCUAAUGGAAGCCUUGAGGAGGAGAGGAAUUGUAGAUGAUGUCAUGAAAGAGCUGCAUUUCCUGGAGGAUGGUCAUUCAAGAAAACUAACUUCAACUCCAAAGCCAGCAUCACCUUUUGUUGAUAAACAGCUACGGACAUAUAAGAAAACUAAUAUUGACCCAUCCCGUAGAUAUCUUCAUCUCCAGGUCUUGGGUGGAAAAGCUUUCCUAGAACACCUUCAGGAAGCAGAGCCUCUUCCUGGUCAGGUCUGCUCUCUCUUUACUCUUCACUUGCACUUCAGAAACCAGCGUUUCCGCUUUAAACCAGUUCCAUGUGCCUGUGAGCCUGACUUUCAAGACGAAAUUCUGCUGGAACUGCACAAAGACAGCUUAGGAGAGGGUAGCAGAAUGGCUGAUGGAACCACACUUUUGUCAAUCUGCGAUCCUGUACAGAUGGUAUUAAUCAAGACGGACAUUUCUGGAGAAACCACGCUAGUGGCGUCUCACUUUAUGGAGUGGCGUUCGGUGUUGGGUGUGGAUAGAGGAGCAACAAAUCUUGCUGUGGAGCUCCAUGGUGUUGGGGCUGAGUGUAAAGUUCCUGUGGGAAUUUUAAAUGUCAAACUGGAGCUGUAUCCACAUCUACAGGAAGCACUCUCUCCAGAGAUUGUCAAUGCUCAGUUUACAUUAGAACGUCAGAAGACAGCAGAGAAGGAACGGUUGUUCUUGGUAUAUACAAAACAAUGGUGGAGGGAAUAUUUACAGAUUCGACCUUCCCACAGUUCAAGGCUUGUUAAGAUUUUUGCACAGGACGAAAACUGGGUAAACCGACCAGUCUGUUGUUAUGUCCGCCCUCUGAGAGCCGGUCGUCUUCUAGACACCCCUCGACAAGCUGCACGCUUUGUAAAUGUUCUGGGCUAUGAAAAGGCCACAGUUGUUGGUGGAGGUAGCAAACAAGAGCAGUGGUGUACCCUGCUGGCAUUCCUUUCUAGAAAUAAGGGUGAUUGUGAAGACCAUUGCAAUCUCCUGUGCAGUCUUCUCCUCGGCUUUGGUCUGGAAGUCUAUGUCUGUGUUGGUACUAAAGGAAAAGGAGUGGCUCAUACAUGGGUGAUGACUUGUGCUACAGAUGGAGCGAUCACCUUCUGGGAAAGUUUGACAGGACAGAGAUACAUUCAUAAACCCAUCAACCCAGAUGAUCCUCCUUCAGUGGUACAGCCUAAGCCUCUCUAUCCAUACCGAACCAUCGGUUGCAUUUUUAGCCAUCAGCACUUCUUUGCCAACUGUCAGCCCUCAGAUUCUGUUGAUCUGUGUGUAUUUGAUCUGCAUGAUGAAUCCAAGUGGAAGCCAAUGAGUACGGAGGCAAUAAAGUCAGUUUGCUCACCAGGGUCCAUUACCUCUCUUCCACCAUUCCCUCCACUCUGCAGCUCCGUGAUUAAUGCUGCUACAGAAAGUAAUGAAAUUGAGCUGCAGCUGCGAGUUCUUGUGUCUGAGCACAGAAAGGAUCUAGGCCUCACAACAGUUUGGGAUGAUCAGCUAUCCUAUUUGUUAUCACCUGCUCUAGCAGCAUAUGAGAUUGAGCGUAGCACAGGCAUCUCAGCAGGAAAUGAGGAAUUUCAAGAUGCUGUAAGAAGAGCAGUACCUGAUGGUCAUACUUAUAAAGGGUUCCCCAUUUAUUUUUUGCAUCGUAAUGCAAGGAGGGUAUUUGCUACAUGUAUGCGUUCUCCAUUUUGUGAAGAAAUAAUUAGCUGUCGUGGGGAUCAGAUGAGAAUUGCAGUUCGAGUGCGAAUUUUCGCAUACCCAGAAUCAGCAUGUGCUGUAUGGAUUAUGUUUGCGUGUAAAUAUCGCUCUGUCUUGUAA